AUGGACAAGCCGCAGUGGCCGAGCAUGCGCGGCAACGGCGCAGCGAAGCCGGCCGCGCGCGCGCCGAAGAAGGCCGCCGCGCCGAAGCCCGUGCUGCGGUUCACGAACAUCUCGGCGGCGUCGACGGAGGCCAAGCCGCUGGCGCCGCGCGGCGCCGCACCGAUGCCGCGCGGCGCCGCACCGAUGCCGAGCAAUGCCGCCAAACCGCCGCCGUGGCAGGCGCCGCGCGGCCAGCCGGCGACGCUCAAGCCGCACAACGCGCCGCGCGCCGAUCGCAAGCCGCCCGGCGGCUGGACCGCGUCCGCGCCGGUCUCGGCGGCCCGCGCGCCGGCCAAGUGGCGCGGCGUCGUGCGGGACACGCCCGUCGAGUUCCCCUUCGACCCCUACGCCUGCCAGCUCGACUUCAUGGACAAGGCCCUGGGCGCCGUCGACGCCGGCACGUCCGCGAUCCUCGAGAGCCCGACGGGCACCGGCAAGACGCUCUGCCUCCUCGUGUCCACGCUCGCCUGGGCGAAGCGCCACGCGCCGGCGCAGACCGCCAAGGCCGACCACGGCGGCCCGCCGCCCGAGCGGCGCGCGGUCGUCUACGCGUCGCGGACGCACGCGCAGCUGUCGCAGGCGGUCAAGGCGCUGCGGGCGUCGUCCUACGCGCCGCGCGUCGCCGUCAUCGGCAGCCGCGAGCAUCUCUGCGGCCACAGCGUCGUCAAGCGCCUGCGCGGCACGGCGCAGAACAAGGCCUGCCGCGCGCUCUGCGCCGCGCGGGGCUGCUCGCUGCGGAACGAGCUCGACAAGCAAUUGAAGGCGCGCAAGGGCGAGGACUUUGGCGACGUGGCCCUGGACAUCGAGGAGCUCGUCGACGACGGCAAGCGGCGGGGCACCUGCGCCUACUUUGGCGCGCGCGCGAACCUGAAGGACGCGGACCUCGUCUUCGCGCCCUACAACUACGUGCUCGACGAGCGGCACCGCGCGACGUCCGGCAUCGACUGGCGGGGCACGAUCGUCGUCCUGGACGAGGCGCACAACGUCGCGUCCGUCGCCGAGGACGCCGCGUCCUUCGAGCUGACGGCCGCGGACGUCGGCGGCGCCGCGCGCGAGCUGGAUCAUUGCGUCGACGCGCUCGGCCGGAUGCAGCUGAAGGCGAGCUUGGAUGCGAAGGACGGCGGCCUGGACGCGGAGCUGCCGAGCGAGGAGGGCCUGCUGCAGCUGAAGCGCGUCGUCCUGGGGCUCGAGGACGCGCUCGGGCGGGUCGCGUGUCCUACGAAGGACCCCGAGGGCGGCGCGGCCUAUCUGGAGGACCGGGGCGGCAGGCUCCACGAAUUGGUCUUGCACCCGGCGGGCCUGACCUGCGCGGCGGCCGCCGAGUGGUUCGCGAGCGGCCUGCGGGGCGCCGCGGACGUUUUGGCGGGCGACGGCGACGAGGCGUCGAAAAACGCGUCCGCGAAGCUCGAGCUGCUCGAGCGCGCGACGCGCCUGGCCUUCCGCGGCCAGCUCAGCGUGCCCGGCGCCGACGCGCCGCCGGCGGGCGGCGAUGAUGCGAAAGAGCUGGGCGACGCGUACUACCGCGUCCACGUGUCCGAGGGCGGCGGCGACGCGCCCGCGGCGCUGUGCUACUGGUGCUUCUCGCCGGGGCUCGCCGUGAGCGAGCUCCUGGCCCUGGGCGCGCGGAGCCUCUUGUUCGCGUCGGGCACGCUGAGCCCGCUGCCGUCCUUCGCCGCGGAGCUCGGGCUCCGGAAGCCCUCCGUGCUGGAGAACCCGCACGUCAUCGACGCGGCGACGCAGCUCUACGCCGCCGUCGUCGGCGUCGCGCCGUCGGCGCGGCCGCUCAAGUCCACCUGGGCCGUGCGGUCCAGGCCCGAGUACAAGGCCGACCUCGGCGCCGUCGUCGCGCGCGUCGCGGCGGCGGUGCCGCGCGGCGGCGUGCUCGUCUUCUUCCCGUCCUACGGCGCCAUGGACGACGCGCUGAGCGCCUGGAAGCGCACGGGCGUCCUCGACGACAUCGAGCGGCGGUCGGGGAAGGUCGUCCUGUCGGAGCCGCGCAAGGCCGCGGACAUGAAGGCCGUGAUCCGUUCGUUCGACGCGGCCGCCGCGCCCGGCGCGCCCGGCGCGCUGCUCCUCGCCGUCUGCCGGGGCAAGGUCUCCGAGGGCAUGGACUUCGCCGACGACAGGUGCCGCUGCGUCGUCGUCACGGGGCUGCCCUACGCGCCCGCGAGGGACCGCAAGGUCCGGGGCAAGCGGUCGUUCCUCGACGACAAGAAGCGCCAAAACCGGGACGGGCUCUCCGGCGGCGCCUGGUACGACCAGCAGGCCGCGCGGGCCGUGAACCAGGCGCUCGGCCGGGCCAUCCGCCACAAGGGCGACUUCGGCGCCGUGCUCCUCUGCGACGAGCGCUUCGCGAGCCGUGGCAAGCGCGCGAUGCUCUCCAAGUGGAUCGACGACUCGUUGAAGACGCCCGCGACCUUCCAGGAGGCCGAGGACGGGCUGCGCGCGUUUUUCCGCGGCAACGGGCUCGGCGGCGGCGCCGCCGUCGCGGAGGCGAAGCGGGAGGCCAAGUCGGCGUUCGUGUGCUCGUCGCGCCGGGGCCCGGACGCGCCGGACCCGGGCAAGCGCGACUCCGGCGACGCCUUCGACGACAUCCACCAGUUCAUGUCGCGGACGCGCGACGACGCGAAGCGCGGCCGCUCGCCGCCCGCGCCGCGCGCCGACGACGCGAACGCGGAGCGACGAAAGGCGCUCUUCGCGAAGCGCGGCGCGGCGGCGCCGGCGCCGGCGCCGGCGCCGCCGACGGUGCCCGCGGCGCGGCCCCGCGCGCCGGCGCCGCCGCCCAGGGUCGCGGCGCCCAAGCUCUUCAACUCGGGCCAGGGGCUGCGGGUCGCGUCGUCGUCGGGCGCCGCGUUCCCGGGCGCGCGCGACGGCGCCGCCGGCGUCGCCUUCCCGACGGCGCGCGCGCCGGGCGCCGCGGCGCCCCCGCGGCCGCCGCCGCCGUCCCUCGACGCGCGCGCGACGGCCGCCGCGGCGCCGUUCUUGGCCGCCGUCCGCGCGGGCUCCGUGGGCUGCGCGCGCCAGCACGGCCGCCUCGACGACGCGCUCGCCGCGCUCCGCCGCCUGCCCGUCGACGCGGGCGUGCUCCAGCGGAGCAAGGCCGGCGCCGUCCUCGCGCGGUUCCUCAAGCUCGGCGACGUCGGCGACUACGGCCGCCGCGCCGCCGCCGCGGAGCUCCUCGCGACCUGGAAGGAGAAGGUGCGCGAGGAGCGGGCGCCGCCGCCGCCGGCGGCGGCGGCGAAGCCCGAGCGCGCCAAGCCCGAGGACAUCCAGAAGGUCGGCGGCAGCAAGCGCGCGCGCGUGCUGCUCGGGUACACGAAGUAG